CAGUGCAUCCAGUAUCCUACGGGCGAAACCUAUCAUCCGUUCCCACACUCCACCCAUAUGGGAGGAGUGCGGAGGGUUAAAGGUCCAGGUGCUGCUUUGGUCUUGAAGGUAAGUAGUCAGUUCAUGGUCAUCAGAUUUGAUCUGAAGUUCCUUGCAUGCCCCUAUGAAGUUUGUUCCCUGGUCAGAACGGAAGAGGCGGACAGGGCCACGAACAGCUGUGAAUCUCCUUAGUGCAUUAACAAAGCUUGAGGACAGAGACUCGAGCACUUCGAUAUGCACAGCUCUUGGUGACCAUGCAAGUAAAGAUGACAGCCCAGCGUUUAUUCUCUGCAAUGCCACCUCGCGUGCGUCUUGUGCUUAUGGUCCAUGGACCAAACACAUCAACACCGACAUUUGUGAAUGGAGGGCCUGGCUCGAGUCGUUCAGCAGCCACAGUCCAGCAGAGCGAACAGCGCCCUCUGUCAGAUGUCUUCCCUGAUGAGCGACCUUUUCAUGGGUAAGUCAGCCAAAGGAAUGCGUCCUCCAACUCUUAGCAGGCCGUCUGAGUCCACAAUUGGAUUCAGUUUCCUCAGAGGACUUGACUUUGGGACGACUUCACCUCUGGAAAGGCAUUUCAUCUCCUCUGCAAACGCAUCAUGUUGAGCAUUUCUGCCAAGACAGCAGCACAAAGUUCGAGCCGUGGAACAGUGUGUGGGGGAUGAGGAGCCAGCUUUGACUUGCCCAUGACAAAUCCAAUAUAUCUUGUUGAACAAAGAGACGUGGACCUCAAUGUGAGAGAUAAAUGGGACAGCAGCCCUUUGUAUUAUGCUUGUCUCUGUGGCCAUGAUGAGCUGGUCCAGUACCUGUUGGCUAGUGGUGCUAGGUGUGAAGCCAACACGUUUGAUGGCGAGAGGUGUUUGUAUAGCUGUCUGAAUGAAUCAGUGCCACGCCUGCUCAAAGACUAUAAGUGUAUCACUGUGCGCGCCAUGCAGAGGGAUGAUUAUAACUACUUCCUGCAUAUGUUACUGGAGCAGGGUCUACACAGCGAUGUCAAGUUCCUGGUUCAUGGACAAAUAUUUACAGCCCACCGAUGUGUUCUCAGCGCUCGCUCAGAGUACUUCACUGAUAUGUUUGAGACCAAAUGGAAAGGGAAGAACCUGAUCACACUCAAACAUCCGUUGGUGAACCCUUCAGCUUUCGGAGCGAUCCUGCAGUAUUCCUACACUGGACGAAUGGAUAUUGAUAUAAGCCUUGUGGAGGACUGCAGGCGACUCGCUAAACAGUGUAAAAUGGAAGUCUUUAUUGAGGAGCUGGAAAAUAAAUGCAAGCAGCUGUAUGAAUUUGUGUCCAACAAGCCAGGAAUCUGUGUUAAGGUUCUCACCCUGGAGCCUCACAUCUCUCAGCUUCAGGAGGAGAUGGCUCAGUUAGCAGACUGUGCACUUCCCAUUGAACUAAGAGUUGGAUUUGGUGAACUUCCCUUUAACGGAGUCGACAGCUUCCCUACUUAUCCUGACUUCUGCUUCAGGGUUGAUGGUUUCGACUUCCUAUGUCAUAAGGCAUUUUUCUGCGGACGUAGUGAUUACUUUAAAGCCUUGCUGGAGGACCACUUCAGUGAGGGAGAGCAGCUGCAGUCCCAGCCCAGCACUCCAGUCAUCACUUUACACAAUAUUUCCCAUGAAAUAUUCAUCCACGUCAUGUUUUACAUCUACACUGAUAACACAGAGUUAAUUACAGAGGAUGUUUUUGAUGUGCUGUGCGUGGCUGACAUGUAUCUGCUGCCGGGGCUGAAGCGUCUUUGUGGGAAGACCCUCGCUAAGACUAUUUGUGAAGACAACGUUCUGUACAUGUGGAAGAUGGCAAAACUUUUCCGUCUCUCUCGGCUGGAAGAUCAGUGCACCGAGUUCAUGGCCAAAAUCAUUGAGCGGCUGGUGGAGCAGGAAGAGUUUGCAGAAAUCAUCAAAGAGGAUGCUGCAUCAGUGGAGGACCGACAUGAGACUGACUCCAUCCCCCUUGUGGAUGAAAUCUGUUUCCACAUCGCCAGCAAUGUGCAGACUUACAGCGCAAUCGAGGAGGCUAAUCAGAGACUGGAAGCCUUGGAGGAGCUGCUCACCAGCAUCAAUAUUGAAUGUUGAGGGGUUCUAGUUUGUGGCUGCCGCAGAGCUGGAAGUUUUAAGUUUUACGGUGGAUGCUUUGGGCAUAUGGGGGUGCAAACAUCUGUAGAAAGAGAAAAGAUAGGUCUUUGAGUUUGUAAGUUUCAUUUUAUUUACAGUAUAUUGUACAGAAUAUAUAUUUUUCGAGAGAUGUUCUGGUGCAUAUUCAGCUAAAGCUCAAAUAAUUCUUUGAGUGAUACAUAUAAAAAGAUACAGUAGAUGGUGAAAAGUAGCACGUUCUGCAGGAUGUGUGCAAUAUAUUUACAUGAAAAUAUCUUUCAAUAACCAAUGCAUGGAUUCAGCAGGUGCUCAAAUUUAGACUACCUUGUUAUUUAAGCAAUUUUAAAAUGUACUUUGGCUCCAACAAACCAGCGCUUAUGAAGAACUUUAUGAAAUGUUAUGUUUGUUCACUUCAUAUAUCCAGAAACACUUUUUAAAUUCGAAAUCUUUAUUUCAAGUUUUAUGAUGUAUUUCAUGUGCAGAAGCAUGAAUUUUAGAUUGAAAAGCUUAACGUAACUGCACUAUUCAGUUAGUUAAAAUACUCCAGUGUGACACUUAUUCCUAUAUUUAUUGCCCUGACAUUUUCCUGCCAUUUGUUUAAGCAUUCAUUUGAAAGGAAAUUCCCCUGCUGUUUGUAUGAUAGCAUACCUCUCUCUCCCAGAGUGUGCUCAAGAAAAACAAAACAAACAAAACUGUAGAGUCCACCAUCAGCACAGGGACAUUUGAAGGAUUUGUUGUUUGUUUCAAAAUGGUAACUUCCAUUACUAAGUCCCUAUGCUUUUAUACAAAAUUGAUAAAAACUGCUUUUGGAUUUGGCAAUUAAAGGUAGCAUUGGAAGAA